CUCUUCCCGUAACAGCAGGCAAAAUCAAAACUUUCAGCUCUCCUCAGGAAGACACAAUGGUGGACGCAGAGUACCUCCAGGAGAUCGAGAAGGCGCGAAGGGACCUCCGUGCUCUCAUCUCAAACAAGAACUGCGCUCCCAUCAUCCUCCGUCUCGCAUGGCAUGAUGCUGGCACAUAUGAUGCCAAAACAAAAUCGGGCGGCCCUAAUGGCUCGAUAAGGUUGGAGGAGGAGUAUUCUCAUCGAGCAAAUGCUGGACUCAAGAUAGCGAUUGAUCUUUUAGAACCAGUAAAGGAGAAACAUCCAAACGUUUCAUAUGCAGACCUCUACCAGCUUGCAGGAGUAGUUGCGGUGGAGGUAACCGGCGGACCAACUAUUCAGUUUAAGCCAGGAAGAAAAGAUUCAUCUGUUUGUCCUGAGGAAGGACGUCUUCCAGAUGCCAAUCAAGGUGUUUCGCAUUUGAGGGAAGUCUUUUACCGAAUGGGUUUGACAGACAAGGAUAUUGUGGCACUGUCUGGUGGCCACACCCUGGGAAGAGGGCAUCAAGAGAGAUCAGGACAUGAAGGCCCAUGGACAAAGGAUCCUCUCAAGUUUGAUAACUCCUACUAUGUAGAAUUGCUGGAAGGGGAAACAGAGGGACUCCUGAAACUUCAUACUGAUCUUGCUCUGUUAGAAGAUCCUGUUUUCAGAGGCUAUGUUGAGUUUUAUGCAGAGGACGAGGAUGCUUUCUUCAAAGAUUAUGCAGAAUCACAUAAGAAACUUUCAGAGCUGGGCUUUACUACCAGAGGAAGGACAAGCUGUAUAAUACUGCAAGGUGCAGUCGGUAUUGCGCUAGCAGCUCUAUUCCUCAUUCCAGUACAUAUUUAUGAUCUUAAUGCGAAAAUGAAAGAUUUCUUUUGCUGAUUGGUUAUGCAAUUCGGUAUGUAAUCUAUUAAAUGUGUGCUCGAUGGAAUGUCAAUCGUAUUAUGAAUCCCAAUAAAAUUCGAAUUUGAUGUCCUGUUU